GUUUAAACCACGACUCGACAAAAACAUUUGGUCAAUCAUCUUUUGCGCGCGCUGUUGAUAUUUUGAUUCGCGACUGUACAAGAUACCCGACCUCCAGCUGUACGAACAUCCACUCGACAUACCCAGACAUAUAGUUACGACUAUCACAUCCGAGCGACCAUAUUACCGUAUCCGAAUACUUUUAGUCGCCAUCGCGAUGCAAUGAACGCGCUUCCCACGACGACAAAUAAUGUGCUAUCGACCUCACCAUAACUGCGUAUAAUCACACUCAAUUGUGUCACCGAUGGAUCGCGACAAGAGCUCGCUGGCCGAGCGGCCUAGUCAGCUUAUUGUGAAGCAAUCCGGAAGGAAACCUCUUUUCGCAAGCAACAUCCCGCGGGGAACCGACAGGAAUAAGGAGAAUGAUCAAGCGCAGCAGAACAAUUCAAGGCUUGGCUCUAGUAUACAAAGCAAUGGGUUCGCGCGAUCGACAAAUUCGGAUCUCGACAGGAGAGCAAGCAUCGGUAGUCUUGGAUCGCGCGACAGCAAAUUACCUACACCAGGAUUUUCCUCCUCCACUCGAAAACGACUCUCAAUGACCGAUGCUUUCCGUCUCGCUGCAAAGGAAAUUGAGGAUGACAGCGAUGGCACACAACCGGUUGAUGCGUCGCCUAGUCCAGCGCCCCGGGUUUGGCGCGAGAGACACGAAGGAGAAGGAAAUCAAAUGCGGCAGAUGUUAAGUCACGAUCACCUGGACACAAAGGCACCGAGUCGCCCAUUCUCCCGAGGGUCGAUUGCUUCAAGAAUACCCGAAAUAAAAAAAACGCCAGACAGGACCGAGUCGCCGCGACGACGGAACUUUUAUGGCAAGUCCAGGGCAGGACUUUCCUUUACGCCUAGAGAGCCGACCCAGGAGAGUACUACGCCUGCGCAUGCACCUCCAACUACCACCGUCAACGGGAUAAGACCUGACAGUCGGCCUGGGAGUGCUGCUGGACUACGAAUAGGCUCGCACUCGUUGAGACAAAUGCCUUCGAAAGACGACCUGACGAAACAAGGACGGAUUCCAGCUCUAGUCCCUGGUAUUGAGGAGUUGUACCCGUCAAUUGAGGGCCCAGAAGCUCAAAGCGAGGCACCUGGCCCAGCAUCUCCCGAAAAGAGUUUCGCAUGGCAGGUGGAUGACGACUUUACGGCUGGAGAGCUACAAGUUUCGGAUAGUCCAAGGCUUCGCAUGGGUGCGCGUCCGUUUGCAAACCGCAUUCACUUCGAUGAAGGCAGUGAAAUUGACAUAAACUCACGGACGAGGGUGGCGCCGCCCGGGGCGAGGAACACCAAGCUUGAUGAGAUUCGGUCACGGGAGGUCAAGACAGGAAGCGAUAUUCCUCUUGAGCCGCCGCGACCACAUAAUACAAAAAUAGACGAGAUACGGGAGCGUGAGGAAAAGGUCGAGCAUCAAAUACCCAUACCUGAUCGAAACGCACCAAGACCAAGAAAUACCAAAUUGGACGACAUACGACAGCGGGAGGUUAACGGCAUACCCAGGAGGUCAAUGGCAUCAAUUAAGUUAGAAGAGAUUCGUGAGCACAAUGCAAUGAGUCGCUCACGCUCUCCAGAAGAUCGACCCAGGACAAGCCGAGGGAUGCUCCCAGAGACAAAAACGACAAGUGAAUUCGAACCGAAAGAGCCGUCGCCCCGACCUAGGUCUGCUUUUGAAGGGGCCGGUGUCAGUAUCCCCGACACGCCUGUGACAAUAUUCAAGUCGCGACGCGAGAGCGCAGAGUCGGACCACCCCAGGGAGGAUGGUAACUCAAAGGACGAGACAAGUCGUGCGCGACCAGGUCUGUCGCACACACGUACUGAUUCCCGAGACUUACUACGACGCCUGGCGCGGGCUGCCAGUUCCAGCCCUGCGCCAGAACCUGAGCCGCGACAGGUGGCCGACAGUGACAAACCGGCUCUCUUGCCCCUAGAACCCAAGCCUGACGCUGCUUCUGCAAUUCCUCAACCUUCAACCAGCAAUGGCUACCGAAAUCGUCAACAUCGCUCUAACAGAGAUUUCAGUCCCAAACCUAGUGUCGCAUUUACUGGCCUGUCUCGAACUCGUUCAACGGAAUCUGUUAAGAGUAAGAAAUCCAUGAAUUCAGAGGCGGACCCUACGGACCGCAUUGAGGCGGAGGCCAAUCUGUUUGCGCCUGGCGACAAUCACUCUGAGAAAGGCUCUAUGAAGGCCCCAUCUCCAGAGCCUGAUAUCGACGAUGAAAAAGAGCUCGAUGCGACACCACGACCGACGAAGCCGGAUCCAUUGACUAUGCCCACGCCAAAGGUCACGGGCGCAUACGUGGAAACACCAGCGACAGUCAAGGUGGAGAAGAUCGAAGUAAAAGACAAUCAAGAAAAGCCAAAGAGGGAGGAAAGGCCAUUGCGACAAAGAUCUGCAUCGUUCCGUGAUAAAAGGACGGAUCGUGCUCUGAGUGGCAGUGAUAGGGACACAGCAUCGGACCCGGGGACAGACGACAAACUUAGCACCAAGACUUCGUCAAGUGGGGUGAGGAGACGGCGCACUCGUUCUCUGUCACGGCGCCGAGGAACACUGAAAAACUCGGCCAAGCUUCCAACAGUCAAAGACGACCUAAAAGAACUUCAACGAACACAUCACAUUGAGGACUCGACAUUGGAUGAUCUUGAAGAGGUUCUUCUCGGUCGCAAAGCCCCAUCUCAAGAAGUUGAGGCUCUCCUUGAUAAACUACCUGAGAACCCAUCACUUGAUGACGAUUUCGACUUCGACUUGGAACUUGACACGAAACUGAACACACGAACAAACCAAAUCGAUCCUCAGAACAACGACAACUCUGAUCUGGAUCGGCUCACCCGCAUGAACAAUACCCUCAAGAACAGCCUGUUCGGAAUCCAUACCGCAGCAAGGGGCAUUGAACGUCUUUCUGAUCAAGUCAGCACCAAGAAUAAAGCUGCCGAGAACAAGGCCGCUGAAGAGAAGUCAGCUGAGCUCAAGACACCUAAAGAGGAGCCAACUGAGAAAAACCUCCUUGACAUCGUCAAACCCGAGCCGCUGCCGGAAAAGAUGGCCACCCUUCACGACAACGGCGGCGCUGGCACCGCCUUCAUCACGCAUUCCGACGGCAAGACGGUGUCUUACGUUUCACUACCUAUUCCACCACUCUUCCACCGCAAACCAUCCUUCCGCUUCACAAUCCUUGGUCUUCUUCUUUUCCUCCUCGGCCUUUGGUAUGCUCUCGAGUCUACUAUGUGCCUCGCCUUCUGUCGUCCAAUCAGCUGCAGCAAUCCUCCUUGCGUCUGGUCCGUCGAUGAUCCCACCUUUGGAAAUGCCAUUCCCGUGAAGUUGGACCAGUGGGCUACUGGGGGCCGUGGUCGCAUCCUAGCUGGACAACUCAAGGAAGAAGUGGAUGAUUGGUUUGCCGACAUGAAGGACAUCUGGUACGAUCGCGAAAUCACCGAUAUUGACAUUCACGGGCUCUCGUUUGAGCAGAAGCGUCAGCAUCGUCGUCGUCUCCGCAAGAAGGGCCUUAUGAAACGUCGCAUACAGACAUCCGAGGAGCGAGCAAGGCUGGAAGCUUGGAAGCGAGCCCAGGAGGAGGAACAACGACAGAAGGAAGCGAGAGAGAUGGGCUAUGAGAUUCGAGUCGACGAUGAUGAGACUGUCGGAGGAGAUACCAGGGUUUGGUGAAUUCAGCGUCUACAGUUGUCAGAGUGGUGGUUCUACGGGGGCACAAAGGGACAGUUUACAUUGCUAUUAAAUGCAUAUCGGAGCGGGCGUUCAAAGAUACAUUAUUGCACUCUUCAAGUAGUAAUGAUAAUAGAUGGUGGUGAUAUUCUCAGAUGAUAUCAACCUCGUGCCCAUAUAUAAAGAAGUCGGGCAUACCCGCAAUGCAUUUUCCC